ACUUGAAGUUUAUAUUUUUGGUCUAAACCUAUACUUAUUUUGCUAGGUCAUUUAGAAAAUCAAGAAAAUACAUCUUUAUUGUUUUUUUUUAUUAUUUUUACUGAAAACAAUACAAAAAUACCAAGUCAUUUUUGUCAGUGUGACUCCAUUAAAUGUUCUUGUGAUAAAGAAUGUGUGUGUGUGUGUGCGCGUGUGAUGUAGAUUAAACAUGAACAGGCCAAAACGGACAUGGCAGCAGGUCAAAAUCAAAUACAAGAACAUUCUGCAGAAUGCAGUGAAAAAGAAUACCCACAGACAAGGCACGGGUGGUGGGUCACCAAAGGCUGACCUUACCCCAGCAGAGGACAUGGCCUUGGAGCUAAAUAAAGGCAGGCCCGUCUUAGAGGGGAUCCCUGGGGGGAAAGAGACGAGCAUAGGUUCCUCCCAAGAUGCCACCCGCUUCAUUCAAGUGUCUGGCAGCACUGUGUUCCUGUUAGAGCCACCAGCACAAGCACCAGACGAUGCUGAUCCAGGUGAAAGUCCCAGUGCAGCAGCAACAGCACAUGAUGGAGAUGAUGAUGAGGAGGAGACCAUCUCUCUGGAUUCCAGAAGGCAUGAGGACCCAGAUGCUAUACAGUGGGAAAACCAGCCUGGCAACAUAAGCUCACAAGCUAUCAGAAAGUUGUAUGGCAACCACCUCCGGCGCCAAAUAGAACUGGCAGACACAGACAUUCAGUACAAGAAGAAAAAGCUAGAAAAUCUUGCACUGGAGUCCGAAAUAAAAAAGAGGACAAUUAGGAAACUGGACCUUGAAAUAAAAAAACUUGAGCGGGAGCUCCAAGAAGAUGACACAGCUCAAAAUAAAAAUUAGCAAUCAGUACAACCAAGUCAUCGUUAUAAGGCACCAGCCUCUUUUGCCCACCCCCCCAGCACCAGGUGUGGCCACUAGCCUAUAUGAAGGCCCAAAAUUGUGUGUUCCUUUCUGCUCUGACAAUGGCAUGCCCAUUCUUGC